UGGAAACCUCUAAACUUUUCUCUUCAUCUUGGCUUUCUUCUACUUUUCACCAAUUACCAAAAUGGAGGGUUGUCGUCGUUUUAGUUUCAAAUGGCUUUGGUUAAUAAUGCUGCUGCUAAGGUCACCGUCGUGGGUGAGGUUUGUAGGUGGAGAUGAUAAGAAAGACAGAGAGGAAUGCACACCGCAAUUGGCUGGGAUGGCCACAUGUCUGCCCUACGUGAGCGGUGAUGCAAAGGCUCCGACGCCUGACUGUUGCAGUGGACUAAAGGAAGUGCUUCAGAACGACAAGAAGUGCUUAUGUGUUAUAGUUAGAGAUCGGAAUGACCCUGACUUGGGGCUUCAAAUAAAUGUCACGUUGGCCUUAAGCUUGCCUGAUAUUUGCCAUGCCACUGCCAAUGUCUCCAAUUGUCCAGCUCUAUUAAACAUGCCAUCAAAUUCAAGCGAUGCGCAAGUCUUUUAUCAAUUGGGGAAAGGAAAAAGCUCCUCUGCUUUAGCACCUGCUCCCAUGCUAAGCCCUUCUUCUUCUCCUACCAUUAAUUCCACAGUUGGAGGGGGAAGUAAAAGUGGGGCAGAGGGUGAAGGUUACAAGAGAGGAAAGAAAAGGGUAGCAUUGGAGAUUUUGGUUGUUGUUGCUCCUCUAUUGCUUUUGCUUUAGUUGGAUUAUAUUAUUCAAUAUCAUGUGUACAAAAAGGCACACAUUUUCAGCAUAUUCAUGCUUUUAUAUUCCUAUCACAUAUCUAAAUUCAUCUUCUAAAAUCCACUUUGAGUAUUGAUGUAUGUUAUCUUAAUUUAAUAAAAUAUGUGUUUUAACCCAUCAUCUAAA